AUGAAUGCAUUUGAUAUCGGGAAACAAAAUACCAAAUACAUACACAUAGCAACAUACAACACACUGUCUUUAAGAGCCGAAGAGAGCCUACAAGAAGUUUUAUAUUCUAUAAAAGACAUUAAAUGGGACAUUAUCGGCUUGAGUGAAGUAAGACGGAAUGGUGAAGCUAUUGUGGAGUACAACCAGUUCAUAUUGUAUUAUAAAGGUGAAACACCAGGAAGACAUGGAGUGGGAUUGUUAAUCAAGAAAGAACUCAAAAACUUUAUCGUAGAAAUAAAUGGUAUAUCCGAAAGAAUUGCUAUAUUGAAUGUAAAAAUCCCUUCAGACAAAGAAAUAUGGUCUAUUGUGCAAAUUUAUUCACCAACCGAGCAAUCAACUACUCUAAAAAUUGAGUCAUUUUAUUCGUCUGUUAAUACCACCCUCAAAGAACACGCACAUAAAAACUGCAUUGUAAUGGGUGAUUUUAACGCACAAGUUGGGACACCAAGGAAUGGAGAAGAUAUCGUAAGGUUGUGGAAAAAGAACAAGAAAUGGACAAAAACUAAUGGAAAUGGCUUUUGA